AUGGUUAAAUACGCAUUAAUAACAGGUGCCAGUUCAGGAAUUGGAUUUAGUAUUGCCAAAGAAUUAUCUAAAAAAGGUUAUACAGUGAUUGGAUGUUCUCCAGAGUCAGACAUAUUUGGUCAAAAACCAUUAGAAAAAGAUUUUGGAUUAAUCUCAAUUCCAUUGGAUAUAACCAACCUUGAAAACAUUAAAAAGGUCAGAGAUCAAGUUGAAGAAAUCACUGGUGGUCAAUUAGACAUCUUAUAUAACAAUGCAGGGAUUUCUAUCGCCGGUAUAGCGUUUGAAAUGGAUGAAGAAAAAGUGAAUAAAUUGUUUCAAGUUAAUGUAAUUGGUCAUAUUAACAUGACUAAACAUUUUGCACCAUUUGUUAUAAACACUAGAGGGCACAUUCUUUUUACAUCUUCAGUUGCUGCUAUGACUCCAUUAUCUUGGGUUAGUAUCUAUAAUGCUAGUAAAGCUGCCAUAAAUGCUUAUGCUCAAACAUUACAUGGUGAAUUAGCUCCAUUUGGAGUUAGAGUACAUUCUGUGAUUACUGGAGGAGUAGAUACAGGAAUUUGUGAUACUAAUGUUAUGACUUCUGUUGGAGACUCUUAUUAUGAUGUUCCUGAAGUUUAUAAAUCAAUUAGAAGUUCAGCUAUGAUGUCAAGAAAUUUAAAUAUAAGUCCAGAUCAAUAUGCAAAAGAAAUUGUUAGAGAUAUUAAAUCUUGGAGAGAUCCUGGUUUUAAUUUAUAUCAUGGUGCUAGAGCUUAUUUAUUAGCUUGGUUUAGUAGAUGGUUACCUUUAUGGUUAUUCGAAUUUGGUGUUCAAUGGCAUUUUAAACAAUAUGGAGUAUUGAAGACAAUUGGUAAACUUGCAAAAAAGGGGAAAUAUACAAAAAGAAAUGUAAAAUAG